AUGGUUUCGAGCUUAACCGUAACGGUACACACUUCCUCAUCUUCCCUUGCCUUCCGCACAGCACGCUCGUUUUCCACCUCCAUCCCAUCCGCCCCUCCGUUCGCCGCCCCGCACGGACUCCCGUAUGCGUCAAGUUGCGCCGCGACGCAGCGAUCAGAUCAGCCAACCCUUCCGUGCGCGGCGUACGAUCUCGAGCAGCAAGGAAACGCAGCGGAGCCGUUGAUUCACCCUGCCGUCCCCGUCGCAUCCGGCCCUUCCGUUUUACCCCCGCCACAUUCAAGAUUGACGCCAGACGAUGCGAAUCGAUUCGCGGUUAUGGCGGUCCCUAAGAGGAAGGUGACGCCAUCUCGGAAGGGCAUCAGGAAUGGACCCAAGGCGCUCAAGGCUGUGCCGGUGGUGGUGAGAUGCCUGAGUUGUGGGUGUGUGAAGCUGCAGCACCAGUAUUGCUGCAAGGAUGGGGACAGGCACCGCCAGCCAGCUUCGGAGUAG